AUGGACGCGCACACGACGGCUCAGACCGAAGCUAGCGACGUGAACAUCGUGCAAAGCACGCCGAGAAAGAUUCCCGCCGUGGAGACUCGCUCCAGCGGUACCUCAACGGAAGAAAUCAAGCGGCUCGAGACUUCCCCUUACAUCUCAGAAGUUUGUCUUUUACGGUUCGGCUCUGCCAACGAACCGUACACUGUUCUGGAGACGUUCCUUCAGCAGCAUCCAGGAUUCACAGCUUCGGGUUGGAAGGGAUCGGCACACAGCUCCAGGCCGAUCAAACUAUCCGAGGUAGAUCAGGAUACCGGCCACACAUUAGUGCAUUACCUUUACACCGGCACCUACCAGACACUCAAGCCGACAGACGUCUCGCUCGAUGCCCCAAAGGUCAACGAGUACAAGAGAGGUGUAUUUGCGUAUUGCGCCGGCAGGAGACACGGAUUGCCUGGCCUGGCAUCAUUAGCAAAACGCAAGAUCAAGAGCCUCAAUGAGGAGAUUUCCAUCUUCGAGUUCUUGGACAUCGCUUCCCAAGCUUUUCAGAAGCUCUCAAGAACGGACCCCUGGUUUUCAGAUUUCGUCCAGACGCGGAUCAAGGCCGUGCUCGAGGCCAACGAGGAUUUGUUGGCGGAUGGGGAUUUGUUGGACCGCAUCGGCAAAGUCGCGGUCUUUGACAAGGUUUUGAUGGGCGGCAUGGUGAAGACGUACGUCGAGAAAAUUGCAGAGGUAGCCAGCAGGAAGCGCGCGUUCGAAGAGAUUCUUGACGACGAGGCUGUCAUCUCGGCCUUGCGGAGAUCUACCGCUUAG